AUGCGUGAGUGUCUCUCUAUCUUUUUUCUAUCUUUUCUCUCUCUCUCUCUCUCUCUCUCUCUCUCUCUCUCUCUCAUUGGUAUGGUUGUCAAUGGCUUUGUGAAUGUUGUCAUCUCAAACAUCGAACGUCGAUACGAUUUAUCAAGCACUGAAUCAGGGACCAUCGCCAGUUGCUACGACAUUGCCUCUGUCUUGUGCCUCAUUCCCAUCAGUUAUUUUGGUGGUCUGGGACGGAAACCUCGCUACCUGGGUAUCGGUGUUCUCGUGAUAGGCAUCGGUUCGUUUGUGUUCGCCCUUCCACAUUUCUUAAGCGGCAAGUACAACUAUGUCACUACGCACAACGUCUGCACGGGGAAUCCUGUCAACGGCAGUAGCUUAUUGGUGUGCACUCCGGAAACUUCGAUCAACAGCUUAUCCCAGUAUAAGUACAUGUUCUUCUUUGGCCAACUCCUUCAUGGAGCCGGGGCAUCGCCGCUUUACACUCUUGGGGUUACCUACCUCGACGAGAAUCUCUCAGUGCGAACGUCACCGGUGUACAUAGGAGUUUUUUACACCAUGGCAAUCAUAGGACCUGCCUUUGGAUAUUUAUUAGGGGGGAAAUUCCUUGAUCUUUACGUCGAUAUCAAUAGCGUGGAUACAUCAACUAUUGGGAUGAAGUCAGGAGAUGCGAAAUUUGUUGGAGCCUGGUGGAUUGGUUUCCUCUUGAGUGGGAUGAUAGCGCUGACCAUCUCUUUGCCAAUGUGUGGCUUUCCGCGUGAGUUGCCAGGUGCCACAAAAUAUAAACUGGAAAGGGAAGCGGAAGUUUAUCACCAGGAAAACUCCGAAGAAGAAAGUCACGGAAGCUUAUCGUCAGACAAUGGCUUUAAGCUUGGUUGGAAAGCCAUUAUCAGCUCUUUAAAAAUCCUCACAAGCAACCCAACGUUUAUGUUCUUAAACUUGGCAGCGGCUUGCGAAGGCAUACUUCUCAGCGGUUUUGCAACAUUUGCACCGAAAUUCAUCGAGUCUCAGUUCAGCCUUUCUGCAUCAGAGUCGGCAGUCUAUGUCGGUUAUGUCGUGGUACCUGCCGGAGGGGGAGGUACAUUCUUAGGAGGAGUACUGGUGCGCAUGCUCAAACUGAAAGUUCGCGGCAUUAUCCGAAUGUGCCUCAUUCUCUCGUUGAUUCUACUUCCUCUUUUGCUCAUCUUCCUCUUACGGUGUCAAAACAACCGAUUUGUUGGUAUUAGCGUACCAUACAACGCCCCAAAUAGGACGACGACUCCAUUUUUGGUUGGUAAUCUAAAUGCCGAAUGUAACAUAAAUUGUCACUGUACUGACGGAGACUUCGAUCCAGUGUGUGGACGAGAUGGCUCCGUUUAUUUUUCCCCAUGUCAUGCUGGCUGUAAAUCCGUUCUGCCUGGCCCACAAAAGAGGUAUAGUAAUUGUAGUUGUAUCCAUGCGAACAACGACACCAAUAUGGGUUACAUGGCAGAAAGUGGCAAGUGUCCGACACAGUGCAGCAAGUUGUCUCUCUUUAUGCCGAUCUUUGCAAUUGUCAUGCUAGUGACAUUUAUUAUCAGUAUGCCUGCCUUGACAGCGACAUUACGUUGUGUGCCACAAAAGCAGCGAUCUUUUGGCCUUGGAAUCCAGUGGAUUGUGGCAAGAUGUUUAGGCUCGAUUCCUGGACCCAUCAUGUUUGGCAAAAUGAUCGACCUAACCUGCCGUCUUUGGCAGCGGAACUGCUCCGACAAUGGAUCUUGUUACUUUUAUGACAACGAGCGCAUGGGGGUCUACCUGAUGGCGCUGACGCUGGUUGUGAAGGCCCUGUCGUCGUUCUUCUUCUUUUUAGCGUUGGUCAUGUACAAGGCCGCACCCACAAGGAACCACGUGAACAUGACCAGCGAGAGUACGUCUUCGGCCCUCUCAACAUUUAGCCACCGUACUGUUAAACACGACAAUAGCAUUCAGACGUGCUUGCAGGAUGUCAACGAACAAUGCGAACGGACGCUAAUGGAAGACUAUCCAUCACAAACCAUUACACCGUGA